AUGGAUUUGUCGAAACUCUCGAGUGACUUGCCGGCAACAACAAGCAUAGAGAGUGUUUCACUCCCAAGUCUAAACGCAAAGCUCACAGACCACUUCAAGGAUGCUGCCAAGUCAGUCACGUCUUUGUACAACUCCACAGCGAAGAAAGAUGUACCGGAACCGGCUAGUCUAAGAAGAGAAACACAAGACAGUGGCGAUGCAAAGAAGGCUUUUUCAGACGCUGCUAGAGCGGUUGCAACGCUAUAUAGAGCCGGCACAGAGACGAACGUGCUUCUGAUGCACAAAGGCUACCUAGAUUCAUUGGAUGAUCUCACGCAGAUCAUAGCGAGAGGUGAAGAUAUCGAGAACUGGGUGCUCACCAGAAGAGCAGAGUUGGUGAAUUAUUACAACCAAAUGGAGUCCACAAAGGAGCCUCCUAUGACACCUGCGACACCUGCCGCGCCUGAACAGCCAGUCCAGGAAUCAACGGAGAGUUCGGAGCAUGAUCAUGACUCGCUCCCGACCUCUUUGAUUUUUGGUGAAGAUGGCCACCCUGAUAGUGCCUUCAAUAUGCCACUGGACUUGGCAACUGACAUGCGCUUCCGCCCUAGCUUUCCUCCUCUCUCAAUGACAUACAAGAGACGCAAAGGACGUAAGGAUGGCUCUAGAAGAAAAGUCGUAGGUAUGAUACCUGACUCCGCGGGCUCCUCGGAAGAUAGCGAAGGCGAAUAUCUCGAUUGCGCGGACCAGAAACGCAGAGCCCGAUCCAAUAACUCUGAUGCCACCAAACGCAGAAAAAGGGACUCUCUUUAA